GUUCAUCGUUCAUUACGAAUCGAUCUUGCAACCUGCAAGUUUCGUCAGAAAGUCGUUUCUAGAAAGAGUGAAAAUAAUUUUGACCAAAAUGCAACAUUUUCAAAACUUGUUAAGGGAAUUUCGAUAUCUUUCCAAAAAACAGUCUUACCAGUUAUUUUAUCGGCAGCGUGAGUCUUCUCUACUGCCAUACAGUUUUUUAUUGAGCAAAUACAACGGCCGAAGAUUUCGCCAUUCCAGUUACAACUCUCCAAAUGACAAUUUCCGUGUGAUACCAUUUAUGGCUUUUGGCAUCAUGGUUGCACAUUGUGCAAAAGAAGAUGAUGGAAACAACAAACUCAGUACUGUUUAUGAUCACCCAUUGUUCAGAGCUGCCAGAAAAGGAAAUGCAAUUGCUGUUGAACGUCUCUGUAAGAAUGGCGCAGAUCCAAAUCAAAGACAUCCUUUAGGAUGGACUCCACUGCAUGUUGCAGCAGUUCAAGGAAAUGUUGAUGUUGUAAAAGUUUUGUUGAAGUGUGGAGCUAACCCAGAUCUGGGAGAUGAUUUCAGCAAUCUCAAUUUGAAAGCAAGAGAAAAAGGGCUUCACUGGUUGGGUGUAAUGGAAACUCGAGAAGAAGAAUUUUCGGACCGUCUUAAUAAUCGCGCCACCUUUAGUGGAUGCACGGCGUUGCAUUAUGCGUGCAUCAUUGACGACGCCGCUUGUGUAGCAGCAUUAUUGGAUGCAGGAGCCAAUCCAUCACUUGCAAAUCUCGGUGGACACAAGCCAAUUGAUUACGCUAAUAGUGAUGCCAUGAGAAAACUUUUAGAAAGUUACAUUAUAAAAUAUGAGGACAUGGUGAAAGAAAGAGCUGCAGAAGAGAGACGUAAAUAUCCGUUGGAAUUACGAUUAAAAGAAAACAUUAUUGGUCAAGAGGCGGCAAUUGCUACGGUUGCGUCCGCUAUACGAAGGAAAGAAGGUGGUUGGAUCGACGAGGAGCAUCCUUUGGUUUUUCUUUUCCUCGGCUCAUCAGGAAUUGGAAAGACAGAACUCGCUAAACAAGUUUCAAACUAUUUGAACCCGAAAAGUUCCGAAGGAUUCAUUCGUUUGGACAUGUCCGAAUAUCAGAACAAACACGAGGUCGCCAAAUUAAUUGGAUCUCCUCCUGGCUAUGUUGGUUAUGAAGAAGGCGGACAGCUGACAAAGAAACUUAAAAAAUGCCCUAACGCUGUCGUGUUACUUGAUGAGGUAGACAAGGCACAUCCCGAUGUAUUGACUGUUCUACUCCAGCUAUUUGACGAAGGAAGAAUUACAGACGGACGAGGCAAAACGAUAUUUUGCAAAGAUGCCAUUUUCAUUAUGACUUCAAAUUUAGCCAAUGACGAGAUCGCCGACCAUGCCCUACAACUACGUCAUGAAGCUGAAGUUGCAGCUAAACAACGAACAAAAAGUGAUAAAGAAGCCGAAAUGCCUUCCAUAUCUCUUUGCAUUUCUCGAGAAUUCUGCGAGUUCAUUGUUCGUCCAAUCCUCAAGCGCCAUUUUGGUCGUGAUGAAUUUCUAGGGAGAAUAAAUGAAUUCGUCUUCUUUUUCCCCUUUUCAAGAAAUGAACUCCACCAGCUUGUAAAAAAAGAACUGGACUUUUGGGCCCAAAAGGCUAAAGAUCGGUAUGACGUGGACUUAUCGUGGGACGGACAAGUACUGGAUGCACUAUGCCUUGGGUACAAUGUGGCUUACGGAGCCCGAAGUGUCAAGUAUGAAGUGGAACGAGAGGUGGUAAGCCUACUCUCUAAUUCUCAACAAUUUCACGGCUUUCCACGUGGAGCUUUGCUACAGUUAUACGUUGACUAUGGCGGGAACGGAUCUUCAAAUGAUUCAGCGCGUAAUCCACAAAUCCGCUUGCGUAUUAAAAAUAAAGACAGUGUCGAGUUUACAGAAUUUUCUUCAUCUGUGCGACAUUUGCUUCCAACAGACGUUCCACAGCGAAUUGAUCCCUAAAAAUAUUUUCUAGACCAAUUAUAGAUAAAUUCGAAUUGUUAUUUUGUUGAAACGCCCUGCUCGUGAUUUCCUCAUUGAAUUUAAUGUUGUGUUCAAGGGAACCUUUGAACGCAAAUAAAAUCAGACGCAUCA